GGCCCGGCUGCAGGCCGCCCGGCGCACGCGCAGGCAGCCCAUCCGGCGCGGCGGGAGGCUGUUCGGCCGCGCCGCUCCCGCACACCAUGCUGCUCUGGGCCGUGCGCUCCCCGGCGGCAGCCGCUGCGCUGCGCCUGGGCGUCAAGAGGUCGGCUCCGUGGACGGCCGCCGCGCUCCGGGGCCUCGAGGCGGCCUCCAUCAGCCGGCGCUGGGGGAGCGUGGCGCUGAGGGGCUUCGCGUGGCGAGCGCAGGUCGGCCGUCCCGGGGUCAGGGCUGCGGGGCACUGGGAGUGCGUGCAGAUACCUGUUUGUUGGGAAGGAUGUGUUCGAUGCCUACAUACACAGAUUAGCAAGUCUGAAGAUGGAAGACUGAUUUAUACUGGGAAUCUGGCCCGGGCCGUAUUUGGUGUUAAAUGUUUCUCUUACUCUACAAGUGUGAUCAGUCUUGCAUUUCUGCCGUACAUUUUUGCCCAAAGUAAUUUAUUUGGAAGCCUGCCUCUGCAAGUCUUAUUUUAUGGCGUCGUUGGCAGCUUCACUCUGAUCACCCCAGCACUGCUUCACUUCGUGACGAAAGGCUACGUUGUCCGGUUGUACCAUGAGGCCACGACGGACACUUAUAGAGCCGUAACCUACAACGUUGUGCUUUCAGAAACCAGCACGGUGUUUCAGCAGAGCGACGUGGAGAUUCCAAACAGCGCACACGUGUUCACCACCUUUUAUGCUAAAGGAAAAUCACUGUUAGUUAAUCCAAUGCUCUUUCCAAACCCUGAAGACUAUAACCAUCUAAUGGGUUAUGACAAACCAUUCACUUUUGAUGUGGAAGGUGACAGUGAAAAGAAACCGCUUAAGGAUGAAAAAUAGAGCUUGUCAUUUUUGUUUGUACUUAAAAGUGAUUUAUGUUUCAAUAAAUUGAUUUAAUGUA